UCCAAGAUUUCCCAAUGCGAGCAGCAGCAACAGCAGCAGCAGACACUCGCAGCGCUGUUGGUCAGACGCCCGCUGAUACACACUGUACGACGCGCCGCGCUCCGCCAGAGACAAAGCCAAUGGGCGCCGCUCAGCAGCAUCUCACCGGGCCGCAUCCUUUCCUCCAUCAGCCGCCGGCGUGCGGACGGCGCGGCUCUGUGGGACGUCGCACUUCACGUACAGUAUCACGGCGGCAGGCAGGCGGGCGGGCAGGCAGCCUCGCCGUGCCGCCCUUGCAUGCCGCUGGCUCCCAGUGUCGGGCGGGCGCAGCACUGCUCGGGAUGGAGUCGCACCGUCCAACUGGCAGUUCGACAUGGGAAUGUGUGCACGCCUUCACGCCGUUUAUUUUUGAUCGCGCCGGCCGCAUUGGGUCGUCGAGUCAGCACUAACUGCCCAGGUGGUCCACGGGUGACGGUCUGCCCAGGUGGUGUACUGACGCUGACUAACCGCGUACCUGUCAUCACCUUGAAUGCGUCCGACGGCGCGCCAGCGAACCGUUGGGCGUGCACGCCCCGACCACAUGGAAUGCUGGACACUGCUAUCCUUCCACCCCUCGUGGCCGCAAUCUACCUCGCGCGCCCAGCUCGACACAAUCCGCUCCCGUAUGUACUCUGCUGCACGCACAGCACUCGUUCCGUCCGCCUGGCGCGCCGCCCUGAGUCUCGAGGCCGGCGAACAGCGGCCCCAACCCACUCACCCUCCUCUCCGCCCACGCGCGAGCCCGUCCCGCAGUAUCGCGACACACUCCAGAUAAGAUCGCUGGGCACGGGCUGCGGCGGCUCGAGCUCCACACGGGGCCAGCGGCGCCCAGGCAGUGGUGGAUGUGCUCAACUCACGAUGCAGGCCGGCGAGGCACGCACUAGUCCGCAUGGAGCAUGUGAGGGCCUGUAUCAUCUCAGCCCCCGUCCAAGCAGCCAACAUCGCAAUUCGUGCAGCCUCCCCUGCCCUUGCAGGCCCCCAAGCGUCAGCUUUGACGCCCUCCGGCCAUCAUCCUGGUCAGUCCUGCAUCCCUUCCAGAUCCGCUGCCCGCCUCGGGGCUAGCGCCCUGAAGCUGCACCUUGCUGCAACUCUGCAUCCUCCUCUUCGCCCAUAUAUAAUACUCCCUGCUAUCCAGUCCACCCACAGAUGCUCCAUCCCAAGCUGCUGCUCAACCCACACUCACCAUGUUCCAAGCUGUUCCGCAGACAUACACUUCUCAGCCGUCUCCAUCGCCCCCAAUUGACGCCAUGUCCCUCCCACCUCCUCCUCCUCCUCCUUCUCAGCAGAACAGCAUCGUCACCACCAGUCCUGCCGCCGAGCAGAAGCCCCGCAAGCUGCGAGCUUCCUGCGAUGCCUGCUCCCGCGCAAAGGUCAAGUGUGACAAAGUCAGGCCUACCUGCCACCGCUGUGGCAACAUGGGCAUUUGCUGCAACUACUCGCCGUCGAUGAGGUAUGCAAU